AACCGAUCCCCAAUCCUUAACUUCUUUUAGGUUCUUUUACUCUCUCUCGCUCUCUUUCUCUCACAACAUCUAGUGUUUCGAAUCUAUCUUUAUUUAGGUUAAUUUAGGCUACAAUUGUUUCUUGGGUAUCGAAUUUCGUGAUUUUCUUGUUUUAUACCGGUUAAUUCUGUGAAACAAUGCCUCCAAGAGCGGUGAAGAAGACGCCACCUGGCCCGGGGACGAAGAGGACGGCAAGGGUAACCCGAGGGACGCCCAAGGCAAAAAGUCAGCCCGAAAUCGUCGAAGAUUCGGUGAAGAUUGAGAAGGUUUCGGUGGAAGUCAAAGAGGAGGUGACGGUUGAAGAGGUUAUUGAGGAGAAGCUAACGGUUGUGGAGAACAAGGCCGUGUCAGCGACGGUUCUGGAACGAGAGGUGGAGACGAAGACGGAGGCAAAAUCGGAGGAGAAUAGAACUGGGAAGAAGGAAGGUGAGGUGAAAGUGUCCAUUGAGGAAUAUGAAAAAAGUGAACGAUUGGAUUUGGAGGAUAAUGAGCCUGAAUAUGAACCUGAAGAAUAUGGUGGUGACGAUUAUGAUGAGAAGGACAUCGAACAGGAGGAUGUUUAUGAUGAGGUAGAUGAAGUAGAGGAAGAAGUUGAUGAGGGGAAUGUAGCUGAAGAGGAAGAGGGUGAUAUGGUUGAGGAGGAAAUGGAAGACGUACGUGACGAUCUUGAGGGUGAGGAGGAUGAUGGGCAUGCUGGAGAGGAGCAUGGUGAGAUGGUUGAUGCAGAUGAAGAAGAACACCAUAAAGUUUUUAAAGAGAGGCGCAAGCGGAAGGAGUUUGAAGUUUUUGUGGGGGGCUUGGACAAGGAUGCUACUGAGGAGGAUCUUAGAAAAGUCUUCAGUGUCAUUGGUGAUGUUACUGAAGUCAGACUUAUGAUGAAUCCUCAGACUAAGAAGAAUAAGGGGUUUGCAUUCCUGCGUUUUGCAACUGUGGAACAGGCAAAACGAGCUUGUACCGAGCUGAAAAACCCAGUGGUUAAUGGGAAACAAUGCGGUGUUACUCCAAGUCAAGACAGUGACACCCUGUUUUUGGGUAAUGUAUGCAGGACAUGGACAAAGGAAGCUUUGAAAGAGAAGUUGAAGCAUUAUGGAGUUGAGAAUAUCGAGGAUUUGACAUUGGUUGAAGAUGGUAAUAAUGAAGGAAUGAAUCGGGGCUUUGCUUUCUUGGAAUUCUCUUCUCGUUCAGAUGCUAUGGACGCUUUUAAGCGUCUGCAGAAGAGAGAGGUCGUUUUUGGAGUUGAUAGGCCUGCUAAGGUUUCUUUUGCAGAUUCCUUCAUUGACCCAGGUGAUGAGAUCAUGGCUCAGGUUAAAACUGUUUUUGUGGAUGGUCUCCCCGCUCCAUGGGAUGAGGAUCGCGUACGGGGGCUUCUCAAGAAAUAUGGGCACAUUGAAAAGAUUGAGCUUGCUCGUAACAUGCCAUCUGCCAAGAGAAAGGAUUUUGGAUUUGUCACAUUUGAUACCCAUGAUGCUGCAGUGACGUGUGCUAAAUGCAUUAAUAAUGAAGAAUUGGGAGAAGGAAACAAUAAGGCGAAAGUCAGGGCCCGGCUAUCAAGACCACUACAGAGAGGCAAAGGUAAACAUGUUGCUCGUGGAGAUUUCCGUCCUGGGCAUGGAGCUGCACGAGUUGCUAGGGGUCCAUGGAGUCGUCCAGUUCCACAUAAUUUCCCCGUCCGAGGGGCAAGGGGAUUUGGAGGACGCAUGCCCCCUGCUGUUGAUCGUGGUUUGAAGAGGCCUGUUGGAUUUAGGGAUCGACGACCAGUUAUGGCUAUGCCUCCAAGGGGUAGGCCACUGGCUCCUUUGUCAAGGUCAUAUGACAGAAGACCCCCCCCUGUCCCUUCAUACCCCAAGAGUAUCAUGAAGAGGGACUAUGGCCGGCAAGAGGAGCUUCUUCCAAGGAGCAGAGCUGCUGCAGAAUAUGGUUCUAGAGUUGCCUCAGAGAAACGUACAUCAUAUAGAGAUGACUAUUCCUCCCGUGGAUCUGUCUAUCCUGAUUUGCCCAGAGGUACAUCCCGCCCUGCAGCUAGGAGAGCAGCUUAUGUUGAUGAUGGCUAUGAGCAAAGGUUUGAAAGGCCUCCUCCAAGUUAUCGUGAGGGACGUGGGCGUGAUUAUGAUUCAAUUUCUGGGUCAAAACGUUCGUACACUGCAAUGGACGACGUUCCUCCACGAUAUGCUGAGGCAGGAGUACGGCAAUCACGUGCUCGUUUGGAUUAUGAACUUGGUGGUAGUGCUUCUCAGUAUGGGGAUACUUACAGUGAUAGACUUGGGAGAUCUAAUCUAGGAUAUGGUAGCAGCAGCAGAAAUUCCAUCUCCAGUCAGGAUUCACAUGGGCUUUAUAGCAGCAGCAGCAGCAGUCGUCAGGGUAUGGGUUAUGCUGGAGGUUCUUAUGGUGGCAGUGAUGCUGGUAGGAUGUACUCAUCAAGCUUUGGUGGUGAUUACAUGUCUCGUGGGGGUGAUGUUGGUGGUAGCUCUUACUCAUCGCUAUAUUCUGGCCGUGGUUUGGGUGGUAGUAGUUACAUGGGAAGUGGUGGUUCUGGAUCAUAUUAUUGAGUUGUCUUUUGUUUAGGAUCAUGGUUGCAGAAGACUGCUUCUGUUUCUUCUCAUAAGCGCUGUGCUAAGAUAAAGGAGCGUUGUGGUUACUAGUGAAUUCGUGUAUGGUACAGAUUUGAGUUGACAAAGAGGCUGCUGUAGGAUGUGAAUUAUUCGAAGCUUAUGGAUUGAGAUGCUCAGAGAGUUGAAAUGGAAGCAUGAAAAGCCUCUUCUGUUUGGGUACAGGGAAAGAUCUAUUGUAGUAGAAGUUUUUUACUCCAGGGCGUCUUAGAUCUACAGUUUCAAUAUUUAGAUGGCUCGUAUUUUUCCUGCUGUAAGGACACUUGAGCUGUUCAGAAUUUCAAAAAGAAGACAUGUUACUAUGUGGUAUUUAUGAAUGAAUGUUUUUAUCUGUAUCUCCCUGUAAGAUUUUGAUGGACAAAGAGGAGGUAAGUUACUGUAUCCAUUCCACUGGACAAACAAUACGUGGUUUAAGCUCAAGCUGUUCUUAAUGUGAUUAAGGGCUUUUGGACGAGUAAGAAUUUGAGGGCAUUAUAUACCGUUCUAACUAAUCUUGGUUUUUUUGGUGUUACAACCCUUGAUCCAAUAUCAUAAAACAUAGAGGGUUGGUCAGCCAACGUUGUGAUUUUGUACCUUGCCAGAUUAAACAAGUUCCUCUAAGCAUUUAUGGAUCAACUUGCUUCCCACAAUGCCCCCAUAUUACUGGAAAUGGGCUGUUUAAGAUGGCAUUGAACUAUUAAUAUCCAUUAGAGCAAGUAUGGAUGUAUUGACGUUUGAGUUUAAUCUUUGGUCAUCUAUUAUACUGCUUUUUCAGUGUUGGCUGACUUCACUAAAAAAUGUAAGUUGGAUAUCAUCUUGGUUCCAUUGAAAUCUUCAACCAGCUAUGUUGAAGUACCCCCUCUGUUGAUGAUCAGACUAAAGAAUGUAGUGUUUGUGCAACUGGAGAAUGAUUAUGGCAUCUGUGCUUGUCAUCAUUACAUUGUCAAUUGUAUCUUGACGAAGCUAAAGUCUGUUGAUGGAAUCUAUUGGUUCGUUUCUUUGGUUCCUUUGGCUGGUUGAAGUGACCACACUGAUUCUUUAUUUCUCCUGGAAAUUGGAUUUUGUGCUGUCUGUAGGUAUGUGUACAAAUUGUGUUGUCUGUAAUGUCCACUUGUAUAUCUAACGCAUGUUGGGGAUAGAUUUUUAUACAACUAGUGCUGCUUGACAUUGGUGAAAUUUGUUGCGACACCCUUGGUAAAUGCCAUCAAAUGUCGUGAUGGUGAAAGUCACCUGGAACAUAAAUAGUUUUUGGCUGGAUAAGAAUGAGAUGUUGAAUAACUUCGUUAUGGGUGAUGUUUGCUGAUUGGUGAGUGAGAUGAUAUAGCCAACAUUGUAGAGGUCUUUUUCGUAUCUUCUUGUUGAAAGUUUGGAAUUUGGAAAUCUGGAUCUACCUAUUAUGUCAUUGUUGGAUAAGAAACUAUUAGAAGGGAUCUAAUUACAUUACAAGGGUUGUAUUAGUAAUGCCAUUGUACAUGCUUUGGGAAUGUUGCCCAAAUAAUCCUUUGGAUAAAUGAUCUCUUUCUUUUAGAAAACUUUAAAGGAAGUUGGUUAUUCUUCGUGGAUCAGGUAGAUAGUCAUUCUAUAAAGAAAAUCUAUAUUGCUUGUUGAUAAGGUAGAGGUGGAGCAAUUGAGCGACUGGUAUUGUUUGAGCUGGUGCAGUGAACAAACAGUGUUUUUUGUUUGAAUCUGAGAACAAUUACUUCGUGCGAAUUAAUGCUAAAGGUUAGGCUCUUAUGUAGUCCAUCCCUCCGAGCACCCUCAAAUCAUUUGGGGACCAAAUUGUGUAUUGGCACUGGAAAUGUUUUAGAAAAACUACAUGUCCAUUAUUGGCAUUUUGUGGCAAAUAUCACCCAAUUAGAAAUUCUUGAUGAUAAUCUUUUGAUAGCUGUUUUGUAUCCGCGUAGUAUAUAUAAGUGACUUCUUGUUGACUACAGCAACAUCCCUGGGUGAGGUUCGUUUUUUAUUUUUGGGGCUUAGUAAACACUGCCUUGUUCUUUAGGCAUUUAAAAGUACUGCGUCAUUCCCUUGUCUUUGAAUAUGUAUUUAUCAUGGUUUUGUUAUGUUCAAUAGGAUGUAUGUGCUCAUCUAUGACAUUUUUAUUUUGAUUCUACUUUUUUUUAAGGUGAUUGAAUUGUUGGUGAUUUUUUCCUGUAUUUUUUUUUUUUUAGAUUUUGUUGUCUCAAAUAUAGUGUCUUGUUUUGUUCCAAAAAUAAAAUAAAAUAGUGUCUUGAGCAACUGAGUUUUUGAGAUGGUCUGACAGAUAGUGUCCUGGUUUGAAGUUUGGCAUCAUGGUUUUUUACACACUUAAUUUUCUGCUGCUCAUCUCCAAGAGCAGUUCGUGCUGUGAAAUCCUGCAUUAGAACUGGUUUUAUUGACGGUGAUGCGUGUGACUUACCCCCGCUCAUGUAGUUCAUGGAUGAAAUAGCGGUAAAACGAUUGUUAGACUAUAAUUUUUGCCAUCUUGGUUUACCUACCUUGCCCUUUUUAGGUUAAUUAUCGUUGAAUGCAGACGUAUGUUUGCUGUAGCUAACCUUUAUGAGGUAGUAAUUGUAUGUGUUACUUGAGAGUUGUAUUUUGCUGGGUUUAAAAAGUAUUAACUUUUCAUGAAUUCAGUUUGGUGGCAUUCCAUGCCAUAUUUGCAAUUUUGUAGGUUAAAUUUUUUAGGGAAAAUUCCAUUUUAUCCACAUGUCCAAAAUGCACACACCCAAGGGCUCAGAGAUGGUUAAAUCUGGUGUUGUUGAUACACUGACAUUAUUGAAAGCGGGGUUGGAGAGGUGUUGAUUAUGAAGUUCAUUUCAAUGAACUUUGUGACACCUCACUCCCUCUCUCUGUAGACAUGGCUAUUCAUAGUUGAAUUAGUUUUCUUGUCUAUUCAGAGUAGGGGUGGGUGUGGCGGAUUCUGCUGGAGUUGUUUGGAUGUUCUUCUGAACGAGAAGAAAAUAAAGAGAGAAGAGGUCAUUUUAUAGGUGCCGUUGACUGUGUUGUACACUUUGGUCUAUAAACCACAUUAGGAUUUUGGUUACAAUAGGGAGAUGAAAGCUAUGUGGGUAAACCAUAAGGGGGUAAAAAUAAAAUUUAUCUGAGUUUUUGUUGGACACCCCCACAAUUUUUGAAACUAGUGUGUGAUGCCAUUGAUGUUCAAAUAUAUUGGAUUUGUAUUGUCCUUUUUGCUUCCAAGUUCACAGGGGUUGAGGUCCUGAAAAGUUCUUUCUUGGCAGCUAGAAGAGAAUGUUAAUGCAUUCUGUAUUUUGAUGCUCCAAGGUUCUUGAUUAAUGUAAAUUGUUUUUUUUUUUUUU